CAUGCAUCCACUGUGAAGAGGUGUUUGGCAUCUUGGGAGAAAAUUAUAUUUUUCCAGUAAAAAUAGACCAAAAAAUGGAGGAAAUUAUUUGGAGGAAAAACAAGGAUAAAGUUGCUGAGUGGGAAGGACAGAACAAUCCAACAUAUUUUAACUCUCUCCAGAACAGAGGAUUACUUAACACGGAGAAUGGGUGCUUGACUAUAUUUAACUUGAGUAACAGUGAUACUGGCACAUAUGUCUUUGAGUACAUGGAUUCUGUGAAAAGUGUUGAGGAGUUCACCUUCACACUUGCUGUGUUAGAUCCCCCUUCAGAACCUCAAAUAAGUUGCAACAUCAGUGGUGAUAAAAUUGUGCUAAAAUGUAAAGUAGAUUUCCAGAAGCCUCUGAGUUACACUUGGAUAUUCAGUGACAUACCAACCUCUGUUCACACCCAGGAAGUUUCAGUCCCUAAGGAGAAUGUUGAUGCUUCCAAGAAAGCGGCAUGUAUCAUUAAAUUCUCUCAAACAGAAAAGAGAUCUGAAAUCUCUUUGAUUCAAUGCCUUCCAGAUGAUAAAGGAGAUGGCUAUCAUACAAGAAGCAGAGCUGCUCUUAUUGUGCCUUUUGUUCUCUUAGUUGUAGUUGUAGGAGGAAUAGCAGGAGUCUUAUUUAAAAAAGCUACAUCUUCACAAGCGGUUGAUCAUGAGAAUGAAAAGCCUGAAGCAGACAAAGGAUUGAACAAGGAGGACAGUCCCCUGAAAGAGAAGCAGAUGGCUAACAAUGGUGUCGAUCAGGAAGAAGUGACCCAGGAUGUAGAAGGUGGGAACGGGGAGUACCUGAGCCAGUCUCCCAGCUGCAGUAAAGAAG